UACUUCGAGCUUUAUUCUGAGAAGGCCACACCUGUUUGUCACCUAGUAACUAUUUGUCAUCAACAGCCCGUUUGGUAUUUUCUUGCAAGGAGGACUCCUGUACAGAAUUGGUUGGAAAGAAGAAAAAGGUUGACAUUUUGUCUUGAUGUAAAAGGAGUGGGGAGGACGGAGAAAUUCACUAUUAGUUUAAGAAUUUGUCAGGGAAACCAUGGAAACCAUCACCAGCCAUCCGGAUCACAUAUUGGAGGAGAUCCAGCAUUACAAUCUGAGGUUAAACAAAUCUGUUCUGAAAGGGAAUCAUCAAGAGGGUGAGGAGAUUAUGGAAUAUCCAUCCCAACUAACUCCGCUGCUUCUGGCUCUGGUCAAAACUCUUGGUCAACACUUGGAGUUCACAACUAAAGUUCUCCAGAAUUCUUGCCAGUUGCUGAAUAUGGUCUAUCAUCAACGUGAGCAAGAGGGUUCCUGCACAGAAUGGGAGAGCCUAGCAAAGUGGCUUCAGGGAUUAAACACCCAGCUGCUGCGUCUGGUUGAAGACCUUGGACGGUCCGGAAAUGAGCUGCUGGGAAUCAGCUCUGGAAAACCAGUUGAUGUGCAACGCAGCCCUGAUGGGUCCGGGAAUGCUCAGAGCGAUGGCGACAAGGAGGAACUGGAUAUGGCGUUACGCAGCUCUACGCAUCAGCUCCCUUCUCUGCCUCCCUCUCUUCCUCUGUCGGAGGAAAACCAGUUGGUGGAACUGGAAAAGAGGGUUCCCUUUGAGGAAAAAGAACUAGAAAAGGAAGAGGAAGUGCUUCUAAGCAGUGAAAAUCCCAAUAAAUCAGAAGAACUGUGUCUGGGGCCAAAGAAUGACGGUGAAAAAGAGCCUUACUCAGCUGAGAUAAUCCACGAAAACCUCAUUUCGGGAGACAGUGGGAAAAAUAUCAUGGUGUCCCCAAAUCCAGAAGAGGUCAUUGCAGAUCAUCUUAAGAGGAUGCCCACUCAAGAAACCAAGGCAGAAAUCAAAGAAACCGUGGACGAGACAGAACGAGAGACUUGCAACCCGCUAAGGAAAUCGGAGACUAUAAAUGAGGAUUUCGAUCAGAAGCGGAGGAAUGAUGGAACUGGCCAAAGCCUGGAAGAAAGUUCUGGAAGGCCAGAAGAUUGGCAGGAAAGCCGCUCCAUGGUCCCGUUGAUUGACAAGCUGGAGGAAGAGAAGGAUGCAUACAGCAAAGAAUUUUUCACGAAAGCGAACGAACUGGGAGAAGCUGAACUGUCCUGUAGUGUUACAGCCCCUUGGGGUGUUCUCGAACGUCUCACAGUCACAGUGGUCAAUGAUUUAAGUCCCUUUGUGGUGAACGAUGCCGAGGAACUGGUCAGCAACGUCAUCUCUGCCGAGUGUUCAUCGGUGGAUCAACUAACGGCUUCUCCAAUCAGCAUCGCGAUCCCGUUUGCUUCCCGUUACAGAGGAAUGUACAAAGACAUCAUGGUGAAAGUGACUGACGUCAACUUCCAGUCCAUUUAUUUGACUCCUACCUCUUUGGAAGGACACCAAGGCAGCCAGAAGGGGUCAGCCGCUGUGGUGAAAACCAGCCAGCUUGGUCUCUUUGCGGCGGUUUCCUGCUUGAAGAAGGAAACAUGGACCGUUCCAAGGAAAGGGAUUUUGCGAAAGCUUCACAUGGACCCCAGAAUUUCAUUUUCCUAUCCAUCGUCAACGUUCGGUUCUCGGGUGACGGUGGGCCUAAAGGUGCAACCAAUUGAUCAAUCUACACUUUCCAUGUUGAAAAUGAAACAUGAUGAAUAUUAUCCAGUCAUGUCAACCAGCUCUCUGAUCCACAUGGAAUAUUCUUCAUUGGUACCAUUCAACAGAGCUAUCACUGUGGUUCUUCCUUGUCCUCCAAAUCCAGAAAAAAGAAGAGAAGGUAUUGAGACAGAUGCCGAAAGAGCAAUAAGUGCUUCUGUGCCCGGAGUUACCAGCAUUCAUCAUUUCCGAGCUCUGAGUGCCUCCUCAAGAAAACACAGGGAGAAGCUCAAGGAGCCGCUGAAAGUGCUGGGCUACAGAAACCGCGAAGAAGGCUGGGUUCUGCUGGACGACAUCCCCGUGCGGAAUGCAAGGAACGGCCUUGUGUCCUUUGACUUAGAUCAACCCUUAGAGAGGUUUAUUAUCGUUCGCUUAUCCUCCACUAUGGACAACAUACAACUUGUUCAGUUUAUUCAGAAUCUGGAAAACGCCAUCCACAACAUCCUGGUGAGGGUGGUCCUACAUCAGAAUGAAGAAGACCCUUACAAGAUCAUGGUCUUACUGGUUCCAUCGAAGGAAUUAAACAUGGAGCUGCAGUGUCUAUGUGAGGAGGGAUAUUGUGGCCCUCCAGAACCCUCAAAGCCAUUUAAAAUGAGAGAAGGAGAGCAGGUGUACUUUAGAUUCAGUGGAAAUAUUUUUGCUUCAGGUUGGUUCUCUCCGUCUGUUACUUCUUGUCCUACCAUCGGUGCUUUGGAGAAUAGGUCAACCUCCUCUUCUCUGUCAUCCCUCAGAUAUUAUGAUGGGAAUACCUACGGAAAAAAUUACAGGCUUGCUUUUCAUGCUCAGAGAAAGCCAAGACUCGCCCUUUGGAUUAAGGAAAUAGAUGAAUUUGGAAACUACAGCUCACCCCAUUAUAAAGGAACUGCCUUAUUUUACAAAGUGGCGAAAGACACUAUCCUUAACAACGUAGACCCUCUUUUGCUAGAAGACCAUGAAGAAGAUUCCUUCCUGUGCAAACUAGCAUUAACUUUGCCAAAGAAGGAAAAACUGAUCAGCCGCCCUCAAAGCACAAAGAGAAUUUCAACAGAUAUAUCAGAAGUCAUGUGGGACAACCUGCUCUACUGGCUGUCGGAAGAGCUGUCAGAAGAGAAUGCCAAUUCUCUUGCGCAAUACCUGCCUCUCCACCGAAGCACUCUUCAGUUUAUUAAACUCAAGUGUCCUGAGAAUCUGACCGAGCAGAUCUACGAGCUUCUGUGCUUCUGGAGACGGAGCCUUCCAAGGUCUGCCAACAAGCUCAAGCUUCUCUCUCGCUACCUUGGCAAAAUUGGCCGGAAUGAUCUGGUUCAACAUCUCCAACUCAAGUGGACAAACCAAAGCGUCAUGAAGAAAAUUCAUCGUUAGGGGUGCCGUUGUGGGGCUGGAUUGAAGUAAAAGGUCACGUUCUCCAAAAGAAGAAGGUUAUCUUGAACGUUCUUCCUAAGUGGAUUUGGGAGUGGAGGGAGAAGUUAAAGGGAAGCUCUUUUCCAAAGGUUAAUCGGCUUGUGGAGAUUCUGUUAGGUUAGCUUUAUGAUAAAGUAGAAGUAGUGGCGAAUAUCUGUAGCUCAGCUGUAGGAUGAGGGUGAAGGUGUGUUCUCCGACCCACAAGCUCAGAGAAGGAACCUUCACCCUCAAAGUAGAAUUAGCUUAUUGGGUUGUGUUUCCUGUCUGAUCUACCUGGUGUCACCUCCAUCCGUCGUCGUCCAAUGAAACAAAGUCCAGGCACGCGGGUACAAGGUGGUUAGCAAGGUUUAUUCCCAGCAAACGAAAAGUCAGCACUGGGAGUGGUUUGCUCCCAGUGCUUUACAUAGCCGUGCCCUGCCCUACAGCCCCACCCCCAGCAGCAGGCCAGCAUCCACCCAGAGUGUGUAAAACUCCCUUUUCCGGCCUUCCCUCAGCCCGACUACACCUUGCUAGCCCUCCAUUCAGCAGGUACAGCCAAGACCUUCCGCCAGCUCACCAGGCUUUCCAAGCUGUCCACGCCCUCGGCUGUCCCCUCCAGCCUCCCGUAUGACCGCCAGGACGUCAGCAGCCUCCUCUCACCUCCUGGAGCCCUCCAUGUCCUCCAGAGGCUUUCUGCAGCGGCUGGAGGCUUUCCUGAUGCCCAGCUGCUGUAGCUGAUGUCAGGCCUCCCUCCCGGCUGCCGGCGGACCUCCGCGGCUGGCUAGAGGCAGGUGAUGUGCUGCAGGGAUCGCUGGGGGAGGGAGAGGGUCAUCCCUGCCUCCCACCUGACCCGUUCAGCAGCUGGCUCGGCUCUGGACCGUGGGCGGCAUCUGGCUGUUCAGCUGGCUUCUCCGGUCCUGGCUGGCUGCUCCAGUUCACCCCCACACACACUGGUGAAUGGCAAACCCUGCGGGGCUUGACACCUGGUAGGGCUGACAUCAGUCUCGCAAUUCUGAAAGUACAGUUCCCUUGUUGUUACUUUUACAACCUGAGAACAUAGAGCAGAUCCCAUUUGGCCCUCUUGUUCCACCCAUUAGGCAGCUGUGGGCUCUGCUCUCUCUUAUCUGAUCUUUCCCUAGGUGUUAUCUCUUUGUCAGGUCUUCCUAGGUCAUCUCCAUGUCUCCCUGAGAGAGUGUCUUCAAGUGUUUUUGCCUUUUGGCAAAGGAUAGAGAAUCAGUUGUCUUCUUGCUGAAGUUAUUUAGCUAGUGUGGACUUGUGGAAGAUGGUGUUUCCUGGACUUGGUUAAGCACAUGUCACUAAGUCCAUUGUCCCAUCCUUGUGUCAAGUUUCGUAUCACGGUUUUGCUGGUGCGACAAAUUCUGCUUCUCAGCUUGUCAGUGAUUUCGGAGGGAGGGGAAGGGAUUGGAAUGCAUUCUUCAAAGAUUAAGAAGCUGGACCAUGAGAUUCAAGGACAUUACACCAGGUGUCUGGCUAGACCCAGAGACACUUUCUCAUAACAAUAUUUUUCUACUUGAUUGGGCAACAUGACCUAACCAAGAGAGAGGAGGGAGAAUUCUAUGCUUUUAUUAUAUGGCAGUGAUGGCGAACCUUUGAGAGACCGAGUGCCCAAACUGCAACCCAAAACCCACUUGUUUAUCACAAAAUGCCAACACAGCAAUUUAACCUGAAUACUGAGGUUUUAGUUUAGAAAAAAACAACUCAUACCUUAACAUUUUUUGUCUUAAAAGAAAAACACCAUAACAAAGCUUUCAAUGAUACAAACAACUUUUUACUGAAAGGUAAAAGUUUGC